UGCUGUAGGGUCAUCUGUAAAACUGAACAUACAUUGAGCAAACUCUAAGGUCCAGGGACCUGAUGACAAAUUUGUAAUAUUUAAUUAAACUGACUUCCACGUGUGCACUUCGCGUCACUGAUGUAGUACACAAAAUCAACAUGUUGUAUGGGAUCAUAGCCUAUAUUUACCUCCAAUGAUAUAUUACGAUUUUUUUUAAACACUGCUACGUACAUGUGUACCAUUUCCCGCAAUUAAUUUUAAAAGAGGGCUUCAACACUCCUGACCAAUCAUAUCGCGUCGCUAAGUAUUACAGGUCGAUGUAGAUAGCAAAGAUACGAAGUUCACAUAGAAGCCGGCAAAUUCCCAUUCGUUUUUGCAAGAAAGGCUUAACUGUUUAUACACAUUGCCCAAGUUUUUCGUGUACGACAAUGGAGAAUGCUUCAGUAAGUCGUUGUAUUAUUAAUUUUUCAUUGGUCUCGUCAGAUGAAACAACUAGCAUAAUACAAUGGAGAACCAUGUAAUUCAUGGGAAACACCCUUAACCUAAAACAAGUGAUAAUCGCCACUAUGUCAACUUCAGACACAUCUAGCGAAGAAAACUUUGAUAUGUUAAGGGAAGCUGCUGAUGGGCAAUUUAUAAAUGAUUCUAUGUUUACAUCAAACAGGACUGAUAGUGGCACACACAAAGGUGAUGCAUAUGUUGUAGAACAUAAUGGAACAUCUAAGCAAAAGAAGCCUGCUUCACUUCGCCCACAGCUGGACACGGAACAGCAGUUUAAUGAACUGCAUGUUACACCAGAAUUUCAAGCCUUUGUUGCCAAGCAUCUAGUCAGGAUCAUAGAUCGACAACUGGAUGAGUUCCAUGUCGAUGGAUCUACAUGCUUCGGGCAGAAUGGCGAUACAGAGGGUCAGCCUAGUGGAGGCAUCCGGCUCUUUGGAUCUUCAUCAAGUUAUCUGUCUGCAGAGACGACUGCACCCCACAAGAAAGAAAAGAGACGCGGUGUUCAGGAGGAAGAUGAACAUGAACUGGAGAAAUGUAAGACAGUAGCAGUAUCUCCAGAGUGGGUUAUUUCCAGGAAGAAUACUUUUGGUUGGGAGAAACCUAAUAAAGGAGAGCUAUUGGUUGUUGAUGCAAGUGGGAAAGUAAUUGACCAUAAGGGAGCAAAGAUAAAAGUAAAGACUAACAGCUGGGGUGUCCUUGACAACACUGUCCACAUAGAUGUGAAAGCUUCAGCUGUAAAUAUAACAAGUCUCAAAAAAAGGAAAAAUGUAGAAGGAAACAACAAAGAAAGAAAGAAAACAAAGUCAAGAAAAUGAAAAAUGUAGAUGCAUUGGAAUAAAAAUCUGUGCUGUCCUUAUUACUUUCAGAGAGUUUUAUAAAUGUGACUUGACACAAAAGAAAUCUACACAGAAGACACCAAAUUGUGUCUGUACAAAGGCUUAAUUUUUAACAAAUAAAAUACCACAGACUUAUUCCUUCGCCUA